UUUCUUUCUAGUCGUGGUCAUGUACGCGCAGCCACCGGCUCGUGGUUUUCGGCCACUCUAGCAGGCCCUCGAGAGGCCGAUUCCUGUUCCUUCGCGGUCCUAAUGCCCGUCGUCCCGCUCUAAGGCCCCUGGGCUCGGGAGGCGUUCUCGAGCCGCGGAGGCUCCGCACGGACAGGCCCGGCCAGGGGAGGCGGCUGGCCGGUGGCCGGGGCUUGCAGUUUCCAUGGCGCCACCUCUGGCCCCGCUCCCCGUCCGGGAGCCAAACGGGGCCGGGCCCCAGUGCAGGAAGCCCGCGGCUGUGAGCUUCGCGGACGUGGCCGUGUACUUCUCCCCGGAGGAGUGGGGGUGUCUGCGGCCGGCGCAGCGGGCCCUGUACCGGGAAGUGAUGCGGGAGACCUACGGCCUCCUGGGCGCGCUCGGAGGCGGAGGCACCAAGCCAGCGCUCAUCUGCUGGGUGGAGCGAGACGCCGAGCUGUGGGGUCCGGAUGCCCAGGAUCCAGCGGCGGCAGCGGCCCGGGGGUAUGGGACAGGAGCAGACACAGAUUCCAGACACCAGGAAGAGGGAGGACGAGGGCAAAGGACUGAAGCCCUGGAGAAGACCCUUGCUGCGGAUCCCCCGCCUACCGGGCCGAAGGCUGCCCGAGCGCCCUCUGCUAGGCUUCCUUGUGGCUCGGAGCAGCGGUCCAAGCCGCCACGCCGGGGCCGCCCUCCGCUCGGUGCCCACCCCCCUGUCCCCCGAGCGGACCAGCGCCACGGCUGCUACCUGUGCGGGAAGAGUUUUGCGUGGCGCUCCACGCUGGUGGAGCACCUGUACACGCACACGGGGGAGAAGCCGUUCCGCUGCCCCGACUGCGGCAAGGGCUUCGGCCAGGCGUCCUCCUUGAGCAAGCACCGGGCCAUCCACCGCGGCGAGCGGCCCCACCGCUGCCCGGACUGCGGCCGGGCCUUCACCCAGCGCUCGGCUCUCACCACGCACCUGCGGGUGCACACGGGCGAGAAGCCCUACCGCUGCGCUGACUGCGGCCGCUGCUUCAGCCAGAGCUCCGCCCUCUACCAGCACCAGCGCGUGCACAGCGGCGAGACCCCCUUCCCCUGCGCCCACUGCGGCCGCGCCUUCGCGCACGCCUCGGACCUGCGGCGCCACGUCCGCACCCACACCGGCGAGAAGCCCUACCCGUGCCCGGACUGCGGGCGCUGUUUCCGGCAGAGCUCCGAAAUGGCAGCCCACAGGCGGACCCACAGUGGCGAGCGCCCUUACCCCUGUCCUCAGUGCGGCAGGUGCUUCGGUCAGAAGUCAGCUAUGGCCAAGCACCAGUGGGUCCAUCGGCCGGGAGCUGGGGCCCCCAGGGGCCAGGGUGCCCGUGGGCUGUCUGUGUCCCUGGCUUCUGGCUCUGGGGACUUGGAUCCUCCUGUGGGCUUCCAGCACUACCCAGAGAUAUUCCAGGAGUGUGGGUGAUGGCCUUCAGAAUAACAAGGCAGACAGAGAUGAUCUAGACCUUGACCGGGGUCCCGGGUGGGCUCAAGGGCCUGACCAGCUGCAGGGGGCGGGGCCUCUAGGGAGCUCCCAGAGGCUGAGGCUGUCCUUGGCCCUGGGCAGCUCCAACAGCUUCAACUUCACCUUGCUCCCCGCUGUUGCAGACUCUAGAAGCCCACCCUGUUGCUGAGGCAGGGGUGAGGUAAGACCCCCCAAGCCCGCUCUGCCCCCUGGGGAGAAAAGCUGUCAGAAGCGUUAGGAGCAUCGAGGUGAAGGAGAACCCCCUUUACCUGUCGUCUUUGUACUGCGCAGGUGACGAAUGGAUGGCCGCGCACCGACCCUGGCCCACGGCCGCCUCGUUUAUUUAUUUAUUAUUUAUUUAUUUAUUUUGGCCCAGGCAGUAGUUUAAACUUCAGGAAGGAGUGGUUGAGAUUCCGAGUUGGGUAUUUCAUACAAGAACCGAGGUUUCUGGCUUCUCUGGAGAAACCCAAAGGUUGGCAACUCGACCUCUGCUCCCACGGAACCACGGCUGGCAGGAACGGAACAGCGGCUCCCCCUAACCCCUCAUCAGUUGGGGGGGUGCUGGAACCAGAGCCAGAGGUCCCCACUCACCAGGGCCCCUCCUGAGCAACAGCUGGCCUUGUAUUUUCCACCUCUCUGUCUGACCUGCUGGGUGUCCGUAGUCGCAGGAGCUGGCUGAGCACCGGGAUAGCAUUCGUGGGUGUGGGCAAGGCUGCCCACGAGAAGUAAAAGCAGGCUGUGUGCCUCA